AUGGCUGGGUUGAAAUUUCCUUUCUAUGUUUCGUUUAUCUAUGGUCGCAACACAGUGGAGGAAAGGAAGAACCUAUGGCACAAAUUACCUCUAUGUACAGCUCAUGGUUGGAUAGUAUUAGGAGACUUUAAUGCAGUGUUUAAGGCUAAUGAAAGGAACGGUGGAAAGCCUAUUUCCAAGGCUGAGAUUGUGGACUCUACUCAAUGGUUCAAAUCAGUGGUUAUUGAUAGUUGGAGCAAAUUUUCUCAAGGGUCUGGCUUAAAAGCUCUGUAUUAUAAACUGUUAAGGCUGAAACAUCAGUUGAAACAGUUUAAUAAAGAUCAAAUAGGAGAUAUUGGCUCUCAAUUUCAAAAGGCUAAAUCUGACUUUCAAGAGGCUCGUCUUCUUGCUCAGUGCUUUCCUGGUGAUAUAGCUCUUCAGAAUGCUGUUCAAUCAGCUACUGAAUUAUUUGGCAGAAAAGAUCAGAUGUAUCAUAGUUUUCUGAUGCAGAGGAGUAAGAUAGAUUGGCUUAGGAAGGGAGACUCUAAUACAGCUUAUUUUCAUGCCUACUUGAAGAAAAGAAGAGCUGAAAACAUAAUAGCUUCGUUUAUUAAUGAACAAGGCAAUUUGGUGGAUAAUUUUUCAGAGGUGGUUUCUCAUUUUUUGAACCAUUUCAGGAGUAUAAUGGGAAGUCCUAGUUCAGCUAAGCAAAAGAUUGAUACUCGUUGUAUAGCCCUGGGUCCCAAACUGAAUAUUGACCAGCAACUCUCAUUGUUAAAGCCAUUCUCUCAUCAGGAAAUUCGUACAGCUAUAUUUAGCAUUCCUUGCAUAAAAUCCCCUGGUCCGGAUGGUUUUGGAUCAGGAUUUAAUGUGGCAGGAGGGAAAAUUCCUGAAGGUUUCCUAGACACCACGUUAUCACUGGUCCCUAAAUGUGAGAAUCCUUCAAAAGCUAGUGACUAUAGACCGAUUGCCUGCUGCUCCACCAUUUAUAAGUGUAUUUCCAAGCUAAUUUGUUCUCGAUUAGCUAAGGUUCUUCCUGUUUUAGUUCAAGCUAAUCAGGGUGCAUUUGUCAAAGAUGAUUUACUUCUGUUUUGCAAAGGCACUUUAGCUUCGGUCCAAGUGCUGAAGAAAGCUCUUGAGGAGUUCAGUUCUGUGUCUGGGUUGGUAAUCAAUACUAGCAAGUCUCAUGUUUAUUUUGGAGGGAUUCCAGCUGAUCAAAGGCAGAAGCUGGCCACUGAAUUACAACUGACUGAAGGCUCGUUUCCCCUUAAAUAUCUUGGGGUGCCAAUGAGACCCACAAAAUGGAAGCAUGAAGAUUGUGACAUCAUAGACCAAAAGUUUAGAGUGCGAAUUCAUAGCUGGGCUAGUAGGUACCUAUCUUUCGCUGGUAGAAUUCAGCUUAUUCACUCAGUCCUAUUUGGUCUUAGGAAUUAUUGGAUGGGAAUAUUCAUUCUUCCGCAGAGCAUAAUCAAGGAGAUCGAAAAGUUAUGCCGUAGCUUUCUUUGGGGAGUUAAUGGGAAUAGAAAUAAAAUUCACUUAGCUUCUUGGAAUAAAGUUUGUCUCCCUAAAGCCUAUGGUGGUCUUGGUUUUAGGAAUGGUUUAGCUUGGAACAAGGAAAUUUUAGCCAAGUACAUAUGGGCGAUAACUGAGAAACCGGACUUGCUGUGGGUUAAAUGGAUUAAUGCAAUUUAUUUAAAAGGGGCAACUUUCUGGUCUUAUCAGGUUCCUCAAGACACAAGUUGGUACUGGAAGAAGCUUUGUAAACUCAGGGAAGUCUACACUUAUAGAGAGAUAAUAGCAGCUGGUCAUGCUGGGAAAUUCCAAUCGGCUCAGCUGUAUAACAGCUCCCUAUGUCAGCAACAGGUUCACAGUGAGGAUUGA